UUUCCCCAUCGAGGGUGAGAUGGAAUUCGUUAGGGAAGCUCUUGGGAGUCACGUAGCUUGGCCUGACGAUCUUGUUGUGCGGACAAUGUUUAAGAAAAAGAAGAAGAAUCCGCAAUUCUUCAAGUCAUUGUUUGAUCAAGUUGAGAUUAAUCCGUGGGUGCCAAAGCGCUGCAAGUUGUUGUAUAAACAUGCAACAACUAUCAUGAAAGAAACGGGGAGCUCAAUAAGCAUGGUGUUUUCUAAAGAAGUGUUUGGCGAACCCACACAACUCUUUAUCUUGUCUGAGAAUGUGAUUAAUCUGUUGGAGAUGCAGUGGAUUGGCCAAGGAGUUAUAGCAGCAUAUGAAGGGUACUUGCAUGAACUUAUUACUGAAAGGGACCUUUUGGACAACUUUGCUUUUGUUGAUCCGGCAGCUACAUAUAAUUGUCAAAGACCGGACUUUGUGCGGUACUUAGUUGAUCGGUUAAAAGAGGGAAAAUCUGAUCGUAUUUUCUUUAUGCCUUACAAUCCGGGGCAGCAUUGGAUAUUAACUAUCCUAUGGGAAGGUGAAAUCUACAUGUUGGAUCCGUUGCCAAAACCAGUCCAUUACAAAGAAUGGGAGACCUCGGUGAUAAAUGCGGUGAAAACCUUCAAUGCUGAAACUGGAAGGGUCAACAAACUGCCUAAAGUAAAACCGCUUCCGGGCGUACCUAAACAACCGGGUGGGGUUGAGUGUGGCUAUUAUGUUAUGCGAUACAUGAAGGAAAUUAUAGAGGAUGAGACACUUUCAUUUCCAACCAAGUGGGCGGUAAAGACGCGCAAAUCAUAUAGCCAAGCUCAAAUUGACGAGGUGCACAUUGAAGUGGCUGAUUAUAUACAGAGUUGGGUGUAGGACUUGUGGCUACGAAGAAAUUUUUGAGUAAGGCUGGCUAGUUUUUGCUUUGAAGGAAAGUUUUGUG